AUGAGUCGCAGCCGGUACUUCACCAGAAGAGAGCUGGAGCUCAACUCCCCAACUCGCCGGGACGGCAUCACCGUCGGCAAAGAGUCAAAACUCCGAUCCCUGUACUGCUCCCAUAUUCAACAGAUCGGUCAGAAAUUGAGACUGCCUCACCUGACCAUAGCCACCGCAAUAAUGCUGUGCCACCGCUUCUACGCCCGUCAGUCUCACGCCAAGAACUGCUGGCACACAGUGGCCUCUUCAUGUAUCCUUCUAGCUAGCAAAGUCCAAGACACGCCUCGAUCCCUCAGCGACGUCGUUUCCGCUGUUCAUUGCCGCGAGAUCCAGGACCGGAUCACGAGCCUGAUGAUGAAGUACAAGAUCAAUCCUCACGACAUGAGAGAAAGAGACGAGUUUUGCGGAAAGAGAGUCAAGAUUUUGAGGAGGGAGAAGAAAGAACUGAUCCUAGCGGCGGAGAUGAUAGUGCUAAAGACGAUCGGGUUCGAUCUUGAUGUUGAGCUUCCCUACCAGGCUCUCGUUGCAGCGCUGAAGAGGUUGACUACUGAUGAUAAAAUCACCGGCCUGCUUACUGAGGUGGCGUGGAGUCUUGUGGAGGAGUGGCUCAAGACAUCACUAUGCUUGCAGUACAAGCCAAAGUACAUUGCGGUUGGGUCAGUCGUGGUGGCUGCUAGGGUUCUGAAUGUGAAGUUACCCGCGGGUGAGAAGUGGCUCGAGGAGCUCGGUGUUUUGCCGGAGCGGUUGGAUGAGGUCAUUCGCUGGAUGCAGAGUAAGCUCUGCAAAGUGAAGACAAGGGAGGUCAUAAGUUUUGUGAGCUUUUAUGAGAUUACUACCCGGCCAUUAGAAAAGGGCUAA